GCCCCGGCGGAGUUGGGCUCUUUUCUGGAAGAUAGGUACCGGCAGGGUCGGCGGCGCGGAGGCAUCUUGCUGCCGGGUUGUGGUUGCCGGCCUCAUGUCCCUGGACCUUAGGCCUUAACCCAGCCCCCCCGCUGAAGGCCGCAGCAGGCCGGGGUGGCACAGUCUGGGCCCUCGGCGCCGCUGGAGGAAGGACCGCAGCCUCGCCUGGUCUUCGGCGACGGGAGACACUCCGCCUUCUCGAUCUCUGCCUUCCCGGCGACCGACGAAAGGCUCCCUUGGAAUUUCGAUUCGCCGGGUGACCUUGCGCUCUAGGUGACGCCUAGCUUGUAGUUCGUGGCUGCUCUUGGCUGUUCAGGAAGCACCAUGGCCUGUGCUGCUGUCUUGGUUCCUGGGUUGUUGCGAGGCUCUGUUGGAGCCAUCUGCUCCCAGGCUGCUUUGUCGAAAUCGACACGCGGCGCUUUGCGCCACCUUACUCUAACCAGCAUAAUGAAAUCCAAAAGGAAAACUGAUCACUUGGAGAGAACUGCAAAUGCCCUUCGACAGGAGGUCGUGACGGCAGCUAAGGUGUGUGGAACAGCCAAUGAGUCACCCUCCGUGAAGAGGCUCCGCCUGCUUGUUGCUGAUCAAGACUUUUCCUUUAAAGCCGGCCAGUGGAUUGAUUUCUUUAUCCCAGGAGUCUCUGUGGUUGGUGGGUUCUCAAUAUGCUCCAGCCCCCGACUGCUGGAACAAGAGAGAGUAAUAGAAUUGGCAGUGAAAUACACGAAUCACCCUCCUGCUGUCUGGAUUCACAAUCAGUGCGCACUUGACUCUGAAGUGGCCGUGAGAGUGGGAGGAGAGUUCUUCUUUGACCCUCAGCCUGCGGACGCCUCUAGGAACCUCGUAUUGAUUGCCGGAGGAGUCGGAAUUAACCCUCUGCUUUCCAUCCUGCGGCACGCGGCCGAUCUCCACAGAGAACGGGCAAACCAAGGAAGUGGAUAUGAGAUAGGGACAAUAAGACUUUUCUACAGCGCAAAAAACACCAGCGAACUCCUGUUUAAGAAAAAUAUCCUCGAUUUAGUAAAUGAAUUUCCUGAGAAGAUUGCAUGCAGUUUGCAUGUUACAAAGCAGACUACACCAAUCAGUGCAGAACUCAAGCCAUACAUCACGGAAGGAAGAAUAACGGAGAAGGAGAUAAGAGAGCACAUUUCAAGAGAGACUUUGUUCUACAUUUGUGGCCCACCUCCAAUGACAGACUUUUUCUCCAAGCAACUAGAAAACAGCCAUGUUCCCAAAGAACACAUCUGCUUUGAGAAGUGGUGGUAGGAAGCAGGCAAAGGUAGAAAGGAGAGGGUUGUGGAUUUACCCGGGACAUGAUUCGAGGUAAGAUGAAGUUACCUCUACUCCGUCUUCUUUCCUUAAGGCUGUGGGCAGAGUGACCUGCUGGACAAGAAAAGAAAAACCAGCUGACAAGACUUAAAUGAUCAACUUUUGGCAAAGACUUCAUUGAACUAUUUUUUACUGUAUUGACUUUCUUUUAUUAGUAACUGUUUGAUUAUCUCAUGAUGUACCUUGAAUUGAUUUUCUUUCCCCUGAGGGAAAAAGAAGACAUAUACUUACAUUUAAUCAUAAGAAAAUGAGGUUUUGUGUGUGAAAUGCAGGCUAUCUUUAAAUUAUUUGACAGCAGCCUAUAUAUCUUAUAUUCAAUAAACUUAUAAUUUAA